CUUUACGUCGCGGUACACGCGUGCUGUCGAAGCCUCGGUGUAUAAUUAAAAAAAAAACAUUGAAUCCUCCUCUGUGCGAGACGUGUUCGAAAUUUGAAAUCGAAUUGUGUAUAUAUAUUUUUUUAAAUUCAUUAGUGUUGUGACUGCGGCGUAGAGUAAAUAUAUCGAUUAAUUUCUAACGUUUUAAAGGUUAAUCGGGUUACUGCGUAUGUUUUCGCAUUAAUGUUGCGUGAAUGAGGAUUUAUUUUGGGAUACGUCGUGCGGUUUCCGUAUAUUGGUAAUAAGGGUGAGGAUGUGAGAAUUACGUCGUUUAAUUAGAUGUUUAUUUCCAAGAUAAAUAUAAGUGUUGAACAUUUGUGUGAUUUAUAAAACGACCAACAAACACUUAGUAGUGAUACUACGCAAGUGAAAUGUGAUAGAAAGUGUGUUUAGUGUUCGCACUGCUAUGUGAUUUGUUCGUCCGUCUGGUGCAACCAUAUCUCGGAUACAUCAUGGGGCUGCAUAAACGCGAAAAGAAUGGUCUUCUCUCGUACGAGAACCCAAACUAUCAUUUGGACCCGUCGCGCCUCGAGUCGGCGAUCUACAGCGAUUUGUACGAUAUGCAUGACGACAAAAAUCUACCCGACGAAUACGACGCAUACCUGGACAACAGAAGAGUCGAAGAUGACACCGCGUCCCCUGUGAAAAAAUCCAAUGAAAAAAGCGGCUUCAUCACGCCACCACAACAGAAUGGAGGGGAGGAAUCCCCCCCGCCGGAGAAGGAGAGGGCGGAUCAAGAGGACACAGAGAAGAGUCACGCGGGGCCCGUGCCACAUUCCGCUGAGGGGCCCAACGAUGACCUGUACGCGAUACCAGUGAAACUCAGACCCAAGAAGGAACCGCAGUUGCCGCCCGGCUGGGAGAAGCAUGAGGACAACGAUGGUCCCUACUACUGGCACAUAAAAAGUGGCACGAUCCAAAGAGAUAUACCCAAAAUGCCGCCAAUCGAGGCCAAGGAAACCCGCAUCUCCAUGGUGCGGGACUGCUCCAACCUGUCCGAAGUGAACAAGUAUGAGCACAAUGUGAUGACGUCCUCGGUGACGAGGAGUACCACGAGUGGAGCUCUCGACCACGUGGAUCAGGAGGCGGAGAGGAAACGGAAAGAAGAAAUGUCCUACAAGCGACGCAGUUUCCCAGCACGUCCAGAGCCAGACAACGGCCGAGCGGUCAGAUUCUUCGUCCGUUCCCUGGGCUGGGUGGAGAUAUCGGAGGCAGACCUCACCCCCGAGAGGUCCAGUCGAGCCGUCAACAAGUGCAUCGUGGACCUGAGUCUCGGACGCAAUGAUCUGCUCGACCAAGUCGGACGCUGGGGCGAUGGCAAAGAUCUCUUUAUGGAUUUGGACGACGGAGCGUUGAAGCUGAUCGAUCCAGAAAGUCUUACUACGCUGCACACGCAGCCUAUUCACACUAUACGCGUUUGGGGGGUCGGCAGAGACAACGGACGGGACUUCGCGUAUGUAGCUCGUGACCGCGCGACGCGUAAACACAUGUGUCAUGUGUUCCGAUGUGAAGCCCCUGCACGUACCAUUGCAAACGCACUCCGAGACAUCUGCAAGCGUAUCAUGAUUGAACGUUCCCUGCAACCACCACCGCGCCCCACAGACUUACCGGCCGCGAGGCGUCCGCGACCGCUCUCCGGUACGUUUCUGUUGCAAGGCGCAUCAUUCCCGACGCCAAUGGAGGAGCCCCGUAAGACAGUCCGUGCUCGCUACCUCGGCAGUGCAGAAGUAACACGAGCUACCGGCAUGGAUGUCCUGAAUGAUGCACUAGACCGCCUAGCUGCCGCGCGGGCACCCUGCGCCUGGCGUCCCGUAGCAGUUGCUGUGGCACCUUCAAUGAUCACGAUUACAGAAGAAGGCGAAACGACGCCGAUGGUGGAAUGCCGCGUGCGGUACCUGUCGUUCCUGGGCAUCGGGCGCGACGUGCGGCGCUGCGCGUUCAUCGUGCACACGGCGCAGGACCUGUUCGUGGCGCACGCCUUCCACGCCGAGCCCUCCUCGGGCGCGCUCUGCAAGACUAUUGAGGCCGCCUGCAAGCUGCGCUACCAGAAAUGUCUGGACGCGCACGGUGGCGCGGCGUCGCUGGUGAGCGGCGGCAGCACGACCAGCGGCGGCAGCGAUGGCAGCCGCGGCUCGCUCGGGCAGGCGCUCAAGUCCUUCGUGGGCUCGCUCACCGGCCGCCGCGCCUCUUGAACUUCGACUGAUGAUGAUGACCAUCCCGCAACACCAGAGAGAGACAGUCCCCCACCGGCCUGAGCCGCCGCCGCGCGGCGCCGCAGCGUAUCGCAACCGCACCGCUAUCGCACUCGCCACGCUUGCACCACACUCGGCCCUACUGGCCCUACCAUGGAACGUUGCGAACAUAAUGACUGGGGCAGUAUCAUUUGUGUAACGGUUUCUUGCAAACCGGACGAAAGAGUAAUGGAUCUCGUAUGUGUAUCAUAAGUGUAAGGAAUUUACUACUUUAACAGUUUUAUUUUGUAAAUUAAGGUACACUUACACGGGCAAUUUAGUUGAUAAGUCACUAUUGAUUUUAACCGACAGAGAACUGUUAUAUAUUAUUUCCGUUUAUUUAACUGUCUACUAUCACGCCAAUGUACGGUAAUAAAAUAGAUAUUAUAGAGGAAGACUGUACAAAAGUCGUUUGACGUGCCCUCUGUCCCAUUCGUGUUUCUACCGUGAAGCAGUUGUGUUUCUACCGUGAAGCAGUUGUGUUUCGGUUUGAAGGGUGGGAUAUGGCAAUGAAUUUACAGGGUACAGAGGAAUAACACCCGAGUCCUCAGGAAUUGCAACGCAUGGGGGGUAUCAUGGUCAAAACAGUAUACUCUGUUAUGUCAAAACAGUAUACUGCUCAUGACUAUAGGCGGCGGUUACCAUUUUCCAUCAGGUGGACCGUCAGCUUGUUUGCCAUUCUAAGUUGCAUAAAAAUAAAUAGAAAAAAUAUUUAAAAUAUUUUAAAAUUAUGUUAGAGUUUACAGAAUAUUAAAAAAAAUCAAGUACAAUAUAAAUUUUUUGGUUUGAGACGGACGCUAGGGACAUGGUAACAACUGCUUAUACAAAUCUAAGCGGUUAAAUUAAUUGCCUAGCAUUCCACAACUUGAAUUGCCCGCGUGAGUAUAUCUUAAAAGUAUCAUAAGAUAUUAAAAUUUGUAUGUUUUAUUAAGCUAAACAAAAGUCUUUAGUUUUUUAGGAGUGGCAAUACACGAGUACUGUGGAUGAAAAAUCAGGGCUAGAUUUAGUCUAAAGCGACAAAAUAGAUGGUUAUUGAAAAGGGUGGUAAAUAUUUUUGCCCGUUGAGGUAAAAUCGCUAGAUCGAUAUCCUAGACGUCGCUUGCCAUGAUUACCACUUAUAGGGUCAUCAGCUUGUUUGCCAUUCCCAAUAUAGUGAUGAUGGAGAAACAAACAAUCGGGCAGGGUAGUGAUGAAUAUCAUUUUUAUUGAUUUUUUUUUUGUAUAAAUAGAUAUUACAUUGAUUUUAAUUAAAGACGCUUUUAUAUUUAUAUGAUAUAUAUAUAUAAAAAUAAAAUGUAAACGGACUUGAAUAUUGUAAUCACAGAAAAUAUGUAUAUCUAAUAUAGUAAGUUGGUUUUUCUGUUUGUUUGAGAUGGAUUUAAUUACAAUAUAUCAUGACAGUAGUUUCUGUGUAGAUAUAUGCAAGUAUACUGAAAUAACAUAAAAAUAUAUGUUAUAUUUUGAGACAUCAACCACUAUGACCACACGAAUACCACAAUAUAAUUUGAACUCUUGCAAGUACUAUAAAGAAAAAAAUUUAAAUUUUAAAUGUGUAAUUGUUUUUUUUUUUAUUAAACUAUUAGUUCUUAAAAGUAAACUACGUGGAUUCUAAAUUCGAAUUUGAAAUUUGACGCUUACUUUUGACAUUAAUUUUAAACCUUAAAUCACAAACAUUACAUGGAUCUUGAGUUAAUAUUAAGCAAAUUUAAUUACUUUUUAUCGUCUAUUAUACAAUAACAAGUAAAUUCAUGUUUUCAAUUAAUAAUAAAUAACAAACAAGAAGAAUUUAAUAGCAUUCGAAGAAUAAUGACCAAUAAUGUAAUUAUUGAUAAAUUAUAAAUAGAUAUUAUUAGUUCUUGUGUUGGUAUAGGAAGCAAUAGGAUUUUGGCACCAUCGACAAUAAACUAUAAUCUUAUAGUUACUGAAGGGAAACGGGCAGUGAAAGUUUAAACUGUUGAAACAUCAAAACACGUGGGCACAUAAAAUUGUGUACAGGUGUUUUGUGUUUCAAUUGUAUCGACAUUAUCGUGCUAAGACUUAAAUAUACUCGGUUUACCCAAAUAAGCUUACGCACUCAGCAAAAUAGGUAAAGACAAUCUUUACAUACAGCUAAAAUUAUUAUAAAAUAAUUAAUGUUUUGAGUACUAAUGCGGUUAUUUCUUUGAGCUACAAUGUGGGUACUUCGAAAACGUAUAUAUAAAUUUAGCUCUUAACUUUUUAACAAUAAUAAAAAAAGGAACGAUUUUCAGUGCUGCCAACAUCAAAAGAUAAGCGGAAGGUGGCUAUAUGGCUCAGUUCCUUUGCCUUUCUCAUCAUGAAUAAAUGAAUAAUUUGUAGUAAGCAAAUAAUAAGUUAUAUAUUUUUUCUCAACUUGAUAAAUAAGUACUCGAAACAAUAAUUCUUUUAAAUACAGCGAUAAACGCUUGUAAAACUAAUAUUUCGUAAGCAAUACGAGUAUAAUAAUGUAAUAUCUAUUGUCUAUAUUCCCUCUAAUGUCUUUAUUCAAUCUUUCAUAAUGCUUUGACUAGUUAAUUUGAAUCAGCAUUCAACUUGCCAUGUAAGACACUAGGUUUUUAUAUAUAAAAAAAAAAUAAACAAUGUAUCAUUUAGUAUAAUCUAUUUUUUCUAUACUUGACACAUUUACACAGUACUUUUGCGAUACAUUCUUUAUCUAAAUAAGAACAAACAUAUACAAAUAAAAAUACAGGUAGCUAUUUUUUUUAUUAUUAUUAUUAUUAAUAGAUUACGUGAUUAUAUAUUUAAAUGUAUACAAGCGUUAAAAAUGAAGAUAAGAUUAAUAAUUUAUAUCGGCUUUAUUUACGUGAGUAUAACUUCGGGAUUGCGCGACUAAUUUCGGACUAUAUAGGAACACUUAUGAAUAUAGCCGUGAAUCCGGCCAAUGAGUUCUCCAAUCAAUUCCGAAACUAGUAGAGCAACUCCGAAGUCAAUAAGUGAGUAAAGCUGACAUAAACAAUUGUAAUACUCGCUUAAUUACUCACAUUAAUUAUUAGUUAAUAAAUUUUAUUAAUUUCUGUCAAGAAUAGAAAAAUAGAUUACAGGUUGAAAAGCUUACUAUCCUAUGAGAUAUCCUUUUCGAGCACUUCGAUUCGAAAGCACAUUUUUUGUUGAAUUGCCAUUUACUUACAUAAAAAUUUUUUUUAUUACAAAACAAAUUAUAAAUAUUUGUUUUCUAUUAAACAUAUUUAAUGAAGUUACCUAUAAUUCCUAGUCCAGUAGUAAUUUAUGCUUUGUAUAUUGCGAUAGUUGAUAUGAAAUAAAACGGAGAUUGGUCGUUCCAAUUAAUUUGUCGUCAGUAUCGGUGUUUAAAUAGAUUUGAUGUAAAAUUAAUUAAGAUGAAAGAUAGUAUUAAUUGGUUAGGACAGUGGCGGGUACUUCCAAGUACUUUGUAAAUAAUUGUAAACUUUGUCGUUAAUUUAUAAGGUAGUUAAUGGUUUGGAAGUAAGCGUUUGAAAUAUCAAUUUUAUGUAACUUUUUUAAUAAUGGCUAUCAAUAUGAAAUUGACUAUCAGUUUCUAUGUUCAGAGUCUAUGAUUAUGUAAAAUGAAUAAUCAAUAAAAAUAACAGUAAAAAUUGGUAUUGCAAAAAAAAAAAAAUAUUGUGCACAUCACUAAAUAAUUCAAUAUAAACUAUUUUUUAUUCUUGGCACACUGUUUAUCAAAGAUGCCAAGUAUAAAAAUUAGACUAUAUACCUAGGCAUUUAUAAUAAAGGACAUUUAUGGAGACGGGAGCGAGUCGGUAUAAAAGGGGCGGUAUUAAAUAAGAAAAGGUAUGUUACGUUGGUUUGAGAAUUCGAGCAAAGACAGUCCUGUGAAAGGUUGACGAAACAGCCGGACGAAGUGGGUGGGCGCUGGCAUCGGGGGAGACAUAGUCUGUAGUGAAAUGAUCAGAUAGACAGAGUGCUAUCUGUAGUAGGAGUCAAGAGUCUCCAGAACCGUGUAUAUGGGUGAGAAGAAUUUGGUGUAAAAUUGGACAAAGCAAAGAUGUAAGGCUAAUAGUAGAGGUAUAUAGCACUCAGUGCUCUCUGCCUAUACCACAAGAUAGUUAGCGUAAAUAUUAUAUAUAUAAUUAAUUGCUUGGUUGAAUUGAUAUAGUUAAUUGAUAGUCAUGAUAGUUAUUAUUAUAUAAACUUAUAUAAACCAUGUAGUAACUAUAAUAUUUCCAGCUGAUCACAAUGCACUUUGAAUAUUAGUGACAAUUUCGUUAGUGGAGAACAAUUUUAUGUUAAGUGUUUCUAGUGUUGAUUAUUAAUUGGUAGCAAUGAUUUUCAAUCACACCUUUAGUAUAAGUCUAUGUUGUUUCCUAUAAUCUAUUAUUCUUGGCAUAAUUAGUAAUUAAUUUUGACAUUUCUUUUUCUGAAAUUACAAAAUUAAAACUCUUUUUUGCAUUAAUUAUAAUUAAAUCGUUUUUGUCCAUUUCAUUUUUAUUCGAUAAAAAGACAUGCUAAGAUUACUCACUGAAUAUGCCAAGUAAGAACAAACAGACCUUACUAAAGUGACAAUCGCUGGAAAAUGGUUUGGUAUCGAGCACGGUAUGAACUUAGAAAUAAGGUUAUUCACUUGUAACUAAGUAUUUAUCCUCAACGCGAAUAUACGCGUUGUUGUAGCAUAUUAAAAUGAGAUUUGAAUAGGACCCUAUUGAUUAUAUAGAUAAAGAGUUUAUUUUUGCUUAAGCUUGUAAGAAAUAUAAAUUUUGAGAGUUCGAUUGCGAAAGAUAAAUAUUUUUUGUAUUUCACCGCAUGUACUUAAUGUUUAUACUUGUAUGAAGUAAGCUUUUUGGGCAUAAAUUUGUUGGGAUAUCCCGCGGUUUUUUGGUGUUCUAAUAAAGAACUAAGCUUAUUUUGUUAUAGUAUAUUACAAAUUUGCAUGCAUAUGGUAACAGUGGUAUAACCAAAGUCGAGUAAAAUAGGUACCUAUAUUUACGCCAUCAUACGAUUCAUUGAUGGUAACAAUUACCUUACAGGCUUUGGUUAAACUACAAGUUUCUAAUGUUCGAAUCAUAACCUCAAUAUAACAAGGGUGUUAGGAACACAUUGAGCUUUCAAUAAAUAUAUAUUUAUACAACAUACCUAUAAUAUCCUAAAGUAAACAACUUAUACAAAUGUAGAUAAAUUGUAACGGUUCAAGCCGCCAUUUUGUGUAAAUAGUUCUAAACGAAAUGGCCGAUUCAAGAUGGAGGGACGUAGCGUACUUUUUGUUAUGCAGUUUUUUGAUGUAAAGUAAGAGCGAAUUGGGACCCUAAAGAACUCGUUGUUCCGAAUUAAUGCAAGGAACGGUAUGUACUUAAUGUUUUUGUGUCUAUACACUUCAACAAAAUAUAAGUAAUCGUAUAUCAAAUGAUAGAGAAAAUGACUUUAAUAUCACGUAAGGUAUAUGGUGGACUACGGUGUUGAAUAAAUAGCAAUAUUUGUUCGUUUUAGGUAGUAUAUUAUUAUUAUUUGAAAGGUCAUUUUCGUCUAUCAUUUUAGUGUAAGGCGUUCGUUUAGAAAUCACAAACUAGCUUCGAAGUAUAUUUCAAAUAUUAGAAUCAGUGUCGCUUCACAUUUUAUAUAUAUAAAAAUCAGUAUAAAUGAUACACUGAGCUGUUCUAUUAUACGUAAAAAUAGUGUUAUUCACACGUUAAAAUUAAGCGAAUAAGUCAUUAUUUAUACAAAAUUAUAUAAAUUAUAUUAACGUGCACACAAGCGACCGACGGUUGGUGGCGUGUGUGCGCGUAUAGUCGCAAUAGAUGUGAGUCGCAAGCUUUGCAAGGACUGCCUUUAUCGGACAAUGUCGAUAUUUUCUAUAAAGUGUAAACGUUUAUAUGUAGUUACUAGAUAGCUUCCGAACUCGUUUUCUAGCUCACUGUUGAGUAAAAAGAUGGAAAAUGUGUAAUAUACAUGUACCGACAUCGCUUUGACAGCUUAAAAGCCUUCAAACUGUGGCUUUUAAUGAAUACUUUUGUGAAAUUAAUAAAAAAAAUAUUCAUAAACACA